UUUCCUUGGGACAGUUAUGGUCCGUUCGACCUCGAAAACAUAGAUGAAGCCGAAUGUAAAGCAGAGUUUCGCGUAGAGAAGAGAGAUCUUCCAACACUAAGAGAAGUACUCGGGAUUCCACCCGCUUUCAAAUGCCCACAGAGGACUAUAUGCGAUGGAAUGGAAGGACUGUGCAUGCUAUUGAAACGGCUAGCUUAUCCUUCUCGUUACAGCGAUAUGAUCACACGUUUUGGAAGACCUGUUCCUGAGCUGUGCAUGAUCACGAACCGAGUCAUGGAUUUUAUCUAUGAUGCACAUGGCCACCGAAUCACUCAGUGGAAUGACACUAUACUGAAUCCCGGAUUAAUUGAACAAUAUGCCACUGUCAUCACAGAAAAAGGAGAAGCUCUAGACAACUGUUUUUGGCUUUGUUGAUGGUACCGUACGACCGAUCUCCAAACCAGGAGAUAUGCAGAGAAUCGUUUACCAUGGGCACAAGAGAGUACAUGCUCUCAAGUUUCAGUCGGUUGCUCUACCUAAUGGGCUCAUUGCCAAUAUGUUUGGCCCUGUGGGUAAGUGCCAUUUAACAAUAUUACUUUAACACUGUCUGCAAAAAUAGGGGCAGCAUUGAUUUGAAUAACCUGAUGCAGUUUUUUUUAAAGGGCAUGGCUGAAAUUUAAUGAAAAGUCAUUUGCCUAUAUACGGCAGUAUAUAAAAAGAACUGCUUGAUCUUACAAGUUUGGAGCAAAUGUAAGACCAAAAGAUCACUAAUAUCACUUCUGUUGCUGCAUAUUAAAACUAGGAAGCUAGAGGUUGAUCAAUACAGUAAGUACCUUAAGUUUAUUACUUUGCUUUUUUUCUUUACGUCAGAGGGUAGGAGGCAUGAUGCAGGGAUGUUGCAUGAUUCUGGGCUACUUAACGACCUGGAAGCCUAUGCCUACUUAGCAACAGGGCGACCCUGCUUACCCCCUAAGAGUCUUUUUUCAGGGGCCAUUCCGAAACUCCCACCUUACUCACCUUGA